AUGACGUCCCUCGAAGGUCCCCCGCCCCACCGCCACAUCUCCACCACCCCCAUCUCGCUCUCCGCCGGCUCGCGCAUGCUAGAAGCCUACCUCGCGCACUCGGAAGCCCACCCGCACCUGCACCCCGACGCGCUGAUAACGCCGACGGGGGUGACUUUCUCCUCGCACGGGGGGCCCAUGGGCGGCGUGGUGAUGCACAACCUGCGGCGCGUAGCAGCGGGCCUGCGGGGCGAAUAUCUCGAGCCCGAAGCGACGCCGGAGCCGGAGGCGGACGCGGAUGUAGUGGCGGACGGCGCGGGUGCGCAGAAGAAAGCGCGGAAGGUGGGCAGGGCGGGCGCGGAGGAGGGGUGGCAGGAUAUGGCGCGGUAUGAGGAGAGUCAGGGGAUGAUUCAGGUGGGCGAUUUGGGCGAGAGGAGUAAUGCGCUGCAGGAUGGGGGGGAGGCGCCGGAGAUUGAGGCGACUGGGGGCGACGGGAAGAGGAAGAUUGAGGAUGGGGAGGGGGGGAAGAUGGAUAAGGAGGCGAGGAAGAAGGCGAAGAAGGCGAGGGAUGCGGAGCGCAAGAGGGAUAAUGAGAAGAAGAGGGCGGAGAACGCUGAGUAA